GUCGAACGCAGUCAUAGCCAGCUGUGAGGGUGUUGCUGAGUCCGAAAGUUCACGCGCACGUUUGAGCCCCGGGUCUACAUACAGGAGCUCAUACAGGAAUCCGGCCCCAGGAAUUCUAGUCUCCCCUAAUACUCCUAUGUUAGGGAUCGGCUACGUAUACAAGCAGGACGGGGCUGUCUCGGGUGUCGCAUUUCCCUCCACCCAUCGUAUUGUGUCGCCACGUUCAUGUCAUCAUUGAACUUGUAUCCCCUUCCUUAUACCGCGUCAAACCCACCCGCAGAGCUUUUUCGUGACAUCGAGACAGCAUCAGGACGAUCUGACACGACAGCAUUCGAGACGGAUCUAGAUGAACGUGACAUGUUCUUAGGACGCCGCAGAUGUGUGGUAUGCGGUGACGGCGAUAGAACAUUGCAGCAUUGUCAUAUUAUUGGUGGCAAAGAUAAACCAGCGUGGAACUUACUUAAAACGUUGGGAUGGGUACCAACAGGUGUCAAAGCGGAACCUCAGCACGAAUCCCGCAAUGGACUGACAAUGUGCCCAAAUCAUCAUCAGCAAUUUGAUGAUUGGCGGUUUUUCAUUCGCUUUGAGCCCAACAUUAAGAAGUAUAUCUUCGUGCUAUGUGAUAGCUACGAAGAAUCCCAGGCAGGAAAACGCUUGCAUGGCAAGGCUAUUGCGCUUGACUUCAAAGACAAGCGUUCACCGCUUCCCCUCCUAUUUCUUGUUCACGAGUACAUGGUCCGCGGGAGGAACUUCUUCCAGCGAACGUCCGACGUAGAGAUAACUUGCGAGUGGCAGGAUUGGAUAACUACAGAAGAUGUGGUGGACGACGGGAACGACGGAUCAUUUGCUUUCAAACGCUCGGCCGCACCAUCUAGUUUUUCCACAGGCAGGCCCAUGCCUUGGCAACUACCAUCCACCGACGCUCCUCCCACUGGAACUCAGCCUCUCCUCACGCCGCCCAAUGGUGAUCUGGUUGCGCAGUUGAUGGCAGUCCAACGUACGAUGCCCAGUUGGAAGGAGUGGCAGAAGGAGACUAUGGGCUGGGAGGGAACAGCAGAAGAGAACAUUAAAAGGUAUGUCGAGAAUGUUGGCGUCGAGAAUGCUGGCGUCGAGAACUCUGGCAUCGAUAAUUAAUUCAGGGUCGGAUCCCCUUGAAAUAACAGUUUACAUAGUUUUUAUAAAAAUAAUUAUAUCGUCAAUUCCAAAGUCCGCUUGUCCCC